AGCCUUCUGGCCACAUCGUGCGGCUGAGAAGCAGCUGAAAACCUCAACCAUUUGUCACCAUGCGAUGCUUCAACCACAAUAACCUGAGAUGUCACAAAUUGAUUAGUUCGGUCUCUACUACGCUCAAAGAAAUUCAUUGAUUUGUCGUAGCACAACACAAUGCAAUGGUAGAUUUGGAGCCCUACCAGUAUCGCGACCUCCCCACCGACGAGCAGGGAGGCAUUUACAUUAGGCUCGUGGAAUUCCACCCCACAGAGGAACCAACGGGUCUCCCUCCUCCUUGUUCCAUCACAGAACAUCCACUAUCAGAUUGUCCAAAAUAUGAAGCAGUAUCCUACUUCUGGGGUCCUCCUAUCAACCAGGGACAGAUCUUCUGUGAUGGCAAAACCAUCAACGUCCCCGCUAACCUGCACGCCUUCCUCUCACGCAUGAGACUCAAAUCAGCCAAAAGGAAAUUCUGGAUCGAUUCUAUUUGCAUCAACCAAUCCAAUGACGAGGAGAAAUCUUCUCAAGUGGCUGAGAUGCGGAAUAUUUAUGCAAAAGCAGGACGGACUCUAGUCUGGCUAGGUGAAGAAGCGGAUCUGAGCACCACCGCUCUCAAAUUUGCAGCGCGAUGUUCAGUCGCUCUGUCAGAUCUAGAUCCUGAAACGGCCAAGAAGAGAUCAUUAUGGUACCGGUUACGGACCUAUUCCGAGUUCUCAGUAUUCAGCAACAACUGGUACGCAUUCUUCAAGCUCCUCGACCGAGCCUGGUUUCUCCGGGCCUGGAUCGUGCAAGAGAUCGCGCUAUCAACAAACACCAAAGUCCUAUGCGGCUCAGCCCUGAUAACCUGGAACGAGCUCUACCGUGCAUUGUACUAUAUCAUGAACUACCAGACUUGGAUCUUUGAGUUUUACGGCAGUCCCCAGAUCGAGGUCUUGACGGCGCUGCAGAGUAGCCAGUAUGAGAUUUCGACAGGAAAGAAGAGGUUGUAUUGGCAAGUGCUUGCGCGACAUAGGAAGGCGCUGGCCACAAAUGAGAGGGAUCAUGUGUUUGCAUACUAUGGAUUGUCUUCGCAUGAGAGUUUCAACGAGCAUGAGAUUAAGCCGGAUUACUCGCAAAGUGUAAGGAGCAUAUAUAUGAAUGUAGCCGUAUCGACGCUGCAAAAGGCGACUAACUUGGAUUUCUUGAGUGUUCCCAGGUUGAAGAGAGAAAUUGGCGAUGUAUUGGACUUACCAUCCUGGGUCCCAGAUUGGGGUCACGCCACGGAUCAUUGCCAGUCCUUUCUGCUCUUCGAAUCCCUGGAAGCAGCAGCAAAUGAGAAUUUCAAGCUCCCAUACUCUGCUUCCAAAGACUCAAUCUACACACCCAUCAUCGACAAAUCCCUCAACCACCUCGAAGUCUCCGGCUACAUCGUCGACAAGAUCUCCCGCGUAAGUAAGCACUGGAAGCUACAAGACACAUCCGGCUUCCAAUCCCUCCGCAAACAAGCCCUCGUGCUCAAACGCAACCAGGCUUAUAUCCACGAUUGGGAAGCAACCAUCAAUCUGCGGACCAACCCAAAUGCCAUCUACCCCACCGGCGAGACGUUGGAAGAAGCUUCCUGGCAGACCUUCGUCGCCGGCCUCGCAGCAGAAAACAAAGACGCCAUCCGCCCCCGAUAUUAUAAAUUCCGCAAACGACAGCGCUACCUACUAUGGAUCCACCGAUUCGGACUAGACGAUUUCCUGGGCAUAUGGGUGCUAGUGGUCAUUAUCGGACACAUCCUGCGAAUUAUCGGGAUCCCGAACCCAGAGAUGGAGUUCAGGGCGUUGACGGCGCAGAUGAUUAAUCGGCGGAUAGCGAGGACGGAGAAGGGGUAUGUGGGCUUGGUGCCCAGGCUGGCGGAGGAGGGGGAUAUGGUUGUUUUGCUGGAGGGGGGGAAGUUGCCGUUUGUGGUUAGGAUGAAGGACGGUGGGGUGUGGGAGUUUAUUGGGGAUGCGUAUGUGCAUGGGAUUUCGAGGGGGGAGGUCUGGGAUGAGGGGAAGUGUUCGGGGUUGAGGUUGUGUUAGGCCAUGAGUAUCAAGGGCGAGGGCAGAUGGUCUCUGGACGAGGACGCACUAAUGGGCGCAUUUCUUGAUGUUGGCUCUGGCUCUGGAUUCCCGAGUCUGAAAUGGGACAGGAUAUGAAGCGUACAGAUAACGAAUAACAAACUUGUUUCCCUAAGUCACAGAAACAAAAGUAUUAGGUACUCCAAUACCCGAUACCGCGACUUCCGUGUUUACAUAUGCUCGCUACGACUUCCCGCCUUUCUCCGCUCCCUUACGCCAGCAACAAAAGUGGCGGCUCGAGGGACAAAUAUCCUUAGCCACCUCGUUAGUCACGAUCAACUUAAAAACCUGAAGCAAGAUUUAAUGUCGGUGAUAGAUUAGCUUCUCUUCAUUAGAACCAACCACUUAUGCAUGGUCUUUUCCCCCUACAAAGCGCAG